GGGGUGGACGGCGGGCGGGGGGAGCGAUGCGUCCUCGGCUCUCAAUCUCCUAAAAUGGCGCUGAAGAGCUGGGCCCGCUCGUCCUGGGGUUCUGGAGGCAGCUGAGGGAGCUGCGUCUGUCGCGUUGAACUCCGAAAAAAAUGAACCUUAUUUCCGUCGGUCCGGCUGUGGCGGGAGCUUGGCGGCAGCAGCUUCAUGUUCUCUGUGGAAUUGAACUACGUCUUAGGAAAGAAAGAAAUGGAUGGGAUGGAUGAAACAUCUAAAAGAAUCCUAGAGCCAUACCAGUAUUUGCUUCAACUACCAGGUAAGCAAGUGAGAACCAAACUGUCACAGGCCUUUAAUCACUGGCUGAAUGUUCCGGAAGAUAAAAUACAGGUUAUCAUUGAAGUGACAGAGAUGUUGCACAAUGCAAGCCUCCUUGUGGAUGAUAUUGAAGAUAACUCAAAGCUACGACGGGGCUUUCCAGUGGCACACAGUAUCUAUGGAAUUCCAUCUGUAAUCAACUGUGCUAAUUAUGUUUAUUUUCUUGGCUUAGAGAAGGUUUUAACCCUUGAUCAUCCAGAUGCUGUUAAAGUUUUUACUCGUCAACUUCUGGAACUCCAUAAAGGUCAAGGCUUGGAUAUUUACUGGAGGGACACGUACACCUGUCCUACAGAGGCUGAGUAUAAAGCCAUGGUACUGCAAAAGACAGGCGGGCUCUUCGGAUUAGCUGUAGGUCUCAUGCAGCUCUUCUCAAAUUAUAAAAAGGACCUAAAGCCACUCCUUAACACACUUGGUCUCUUCUUCCAAAUCAGAGAUGACUAUGCCAACUUGCACUCCAAAGAAUAUAGCGAGAACAAGAGUUUUUGUGAAGACUUAACUGAGGGCAAGUUCUCAUUCCCAACCAUUCAUGCAAUUUGGUCGAGACCUGAAAGUACUCAGGUGCAAAACAUUUUACGUCAAAGGACAGAGAACAUAGACAUAAAAAAAUACUGUGUACAUUAUCUUGAAAAUGUUGGUUCCUUUGAGUACACUCGGAAUACAUUGAAACAGCUUGAAUCUGAAGCCUAUAAGCAAAUUGAAUCACUUGGGGGAAACCCUGAGCUUGUUGCACUAGUUCAACAGCUGAGCAAAAUGUUCAGAGAAACUGAAAAUUAAGAAAUUGACUUCUGUCUUUUGAAAACGGGAGAAUAACCAGAUGGAGGGUUGUGAUAAUCAGUCUUAUGUAAAACUUCUUCUUGUAGCCAUCUUACAGAAAUUACUGUUAAAAAUAACUAGUCAUUGAGUUUUGAAAUGUAUAUACCUUAUUAUCUCUAAAGUCUUAACUGUAACUGCUUACAGUUGACUUUGUUAAAGCAGAUGUAUUAGAACUAAAACAUGUUUUGAACCUAAGGGUAAUAGUCUUGACAGAAUCACAGGCAUUAUUUCAUACCUAAAAUUCUCAUGCCCCUAACCAGGCUAUGAAAGGAUUUUGGUUGAAAUUCUGUGUUAAAUUAAAUCAGGUUGACAUGUGUAUAUUAUGCAUUUUAAACAAUGCUCUUGUAAACCAAAAUUUGUGUUAAAAAAAAAGACGGCACUUCAACUACAAUUCACAUAAAAUUGUGUGAUAUUUCUAAGUUUGACUUGUGAAGAUCAGGGGGAGCAGUUUACUAUGUCCUAGAGUGAAUAUCCUAUCCAGCUUCUGUGGAUAUUUUCAGGGGAAUGUGAAUUAUGAAAGAUACUAUUUCAUAUGCAAAUAAGACAUGCUCAGUCUGAAAUUGUGACUUGAUAAAGAUUUUGCCGUACCUUAGAGAAAAGAUUUCAUCACAUCAAUGAAGUGUAAAUUUGCUACUGAUUCCAGCUCUGUAGUGAGUAAUUUUGCUCACCUGGUUUUAGAUUUUGAAAUUGUCAAACAUUCUGUAGCCAGAAACUUAAAUCUAUGCAUUAGAGCUCAUAUAUGUAACUGCAAAUAGCAACAUAAUGAGCUGCUAUUAGAAAUGGAAAGGGAUUCAUACCAGGUAACUUUAGGACACUGUAAUUGGCGCUGGUCUCUUUAAUCUCUGCUUAUAAUUGAGGGGCUUCUCCAAGACUUUAUUCAUAAUUCAUAUUUCAUUCCUAUCCUGAAUUGCUGUCUGGAGGCAUGUUCAGUAUCUCUCCAAAGAGACAAGAGCUGUAAUUUUUUUCUUAAAACAAAGUACAGUAUCUUGUUUUACAAGCUACAAUACCGCUUCAGUUUUGUUAAUUGCUUAAAUAGAGCUUUAAAAUUAUAGACAUACCAAAAUAGAACUGGGACUGAGAGCAAGAUUUAGGGGUAGGACUGAUAAGUAACAAAGUUCUCUGCUCAGAGAUAUAUAUAAAGUAUAAAUAUAUAUAAAUGUUAAUAAAAUGUUAGCAGAGAUGUUUGGGUUUUUUUCUUCCCUGGGCUGGCUUUAAUCAGGUUCAGUUCCCUUAGUAUUCACAGGUAUAUUAAGCUUUGCCUUGGGGUAGCAAGGUAAUGGUUUGGAUCAAAGGUAGGACUGGUGCUAUAAGCUGUGGUGUUAGCUCAAGCAUACUCUGAAAUGGACAGAGGUGCUUGGCUUCUGAUGGCUAAAGGAUAGUUUUAUGCAGGUGUUCAUUUACUGCACCUGGAAAACAGGGAGAGCUAUGAUCUUGGCUCACUGAGAAAACUAACUGAAGAAGGUUGCUGUAAUGUCUUCCCUGGGCAGCCUUAAUAUCUUUCUGAAAGUGAUCAAACAUGGCAAAAUUGGGGAUGACUAUUUUCAGGCUGAAAUAUUAUGUAGUUAUGGAUGAUAGCCUGUCCCUUUUAUCUGCAUGCUGAGGAGAAAUCUUUGAUUAGACACUGAAUAAUAGGCUUUUCACUGAAUGGAAUUGGUUGUGAGAACUGAAUAGCUUAAAGUUGGUGAAAGGUGUCUUUAAUGUUAAUCAAAGAGAAUUGUUAUUCCUUUUUCAUAACUUGCAGCGCUUAGUAAGCCUGUAAGUUUUUAAUGUGUUAUGUGAAAAUACUAUCUGCAGCAAAUUACAUUUAUUUUGUGCCAUGUCUUGGAAGUUUCUAAGCACUGUUGCAGUUAAUGUUGAAUAGGGGAAAGCAUUGAAAAGAUUAUUGUUGUCAGGAGAAUCUCCUAGUCUUACUGUGAAAUGUAUCCUUGUGCCUGUUAGGAUAUUGUAACUGCAACACAAUGCAAAGUGCACUUAGUGCCAUUUCAUUUCUGUUCUGUCGCUGGAUGUAAACAGUUCUGUACAAUCAGACUUCCAUAAUGAAGUAGCUUUUCUUACUGUUUGUAUAAAGCUUUUCUACCAUCUGA